UUCUUCGCUUUUCCAAUCAUGAAUUCCCAAUCGGUGGCGGAGGAGGAAUCAGCUUCUCCUCUCACGAAAAAAAUCAAAGUCAAAGAGGAAGACAAGGAAGAUGACGGAGAUUAUGACAGCGACGACAUAAUCGAAGAAGAAAACAAGGAAGAUGACGGAGAUGAUGACAGCGAUGACGUCAAAGAGGAAGACAGGGAAGAUGACGCCAGCGACAACGGCUAUACCGUUUGGAGAGGUAUGAGAUUUAAAUACGUGCCAGAAAAGGAACCGGAGUGGGAUGUGGACAGCUACGAUGGUCGCGAAUACGAAUCAGAUCCCGAGGAUCGUAAGCAUUUCACCAGCGAGGAGCAGUAUAAUGAAUACCGUCUCGACAAGCUCGAGCUGUUGGAGAGUAAGGGGUUUAUACCAGAUUACGCAAACGGAAUCUACCCUUUUGGUGAUCUGGAAGCACCAGCGGGUGAAAACAGGACUAAUAGAGAUGAGUUGACACAUUUGGCUUCCUUGUGCUUUAAGAAACUCAACGAGUACAAGGUAAGUGACAAGUAUCAAGGAUCAUCAUAUGUGAUUUGAAUCAACAUACAUAUGAAUCUCAUU